CUUGACAGCAACAAGCGAGUACAAGAAGCUGCUUGCAGUGCCUUUGCUACUUUAGAAGAGGAAGCUUGUACAGAGCUUGUUCCCUACUUAGCUUACAUUCUGGAUACAUUGGUCUUUGCAUUCAGUAAAUACCAGCACAAAAACCUUCUCAUCCUUUAUGAUGCUAUAGGAACGUUAGCGGAUUCCGUUGGACAUCACUUAAAUAAGCCAGAAUAUAUUCAGAUGCUGAUGCCUCCACUUAUUCAAAAAUGGAAUGUUUUAAAGGAUGAAGACAAAGAUCUUUUCCCUUUACUUGAG